AGAAUAACAAUGUCGAUCGCCCAACAACUCAUGGAUAUGGGCUUCCCAGCCGACAAAGCCGAGGCCGCCGCCGGAAACAACAGAAAUCUCGAUCAGGCGUUGGAUUGGAUUGAGAAGGACGGAGCCGGUGUACCAAUGGAGACAGAUGCUCCAGCUCAAGCUGCUCCAGGAGCCGCUGACAGUGGUGCACCCCCGGUAGCCGCCAGUUUUAAGUGUGAUGACUGCGGAAAGCUUCUCGCCAACGAUGAUGCUAUCAUGUUCCACGCUUCGAAGACAAAGCACGAGAAUUUCAGCGAAAGCUCGGAAGCUAUCAAGCCUCUCACUGCAGAGGAAAAGGCCGCAAAAGUCCUGGAAAUCCGAGAAAAAAUCAAAGUCCAUCAGGCCAAAAAGGCAAAGCUCGAGGCCGAAGAGAAUCGUGAGAAGGAGAAAAAGCGUCGUGAGGAUGGAAAAGCCAUGAUCAGCCAUAAAGAAGCCGCCAGAGAUCGUGAAAUUCGAGAAGCCGCUCAAGAUCGUCGCCGCGAAAAGAACGAAGACGAAAUCGCCAGAAAACGAGUUCUCGAGCAAAUCCGGCUUGACAAGGAAGCCCGUAAGGCAAAAGCUUCAGGCCAACCGGUUCCAGAGGCAAAGCCUGCUCCGUCUGCAGCUCCAGUUGCUCCGCCAAAAGACUACUCAACUACAACUCUUCAAUUCCGACUUCUCGAUGGACAAACUGUUAGACAACAGUUUGAAGCUAAUGAGCCGCUCGCAAUGGUCCGCGCCUGGGUCGAAACUAAUCACGCAAACGGUGUUCCGUUCACCCUGAUGACCCCAUUCCCCCGCAAAGUGUUCACCGAGGAUGAUAUGGGAACACCGCUCAAAGUUCUCAAUUUGGUACCAUCCGCCAACGUCAUUCUCAACCGUGCCGCCUGAAUCUUCAAAACUAAAUUCCCACAAUUUACUGCUAAUUUUCUCUCCCCCCUCUCCCGAAUGCUGGUAUCACUUGUAAACUAAACAUGUAUAUUGAGCAUGUAUAAAAAUUUUCCGAU